GCCGUUUAAGCCGCUUUACAGCGCCUUCACACAAGUGAUAUCGAUAUCGAUGCCGAUACACGUUUGUUUAUUCCGCACGUGCCGCAGUGAAGUAAACUUGGAUUUGGAGUUGCAUUUGAUCCGCAUUUCACUGGACGAGGCAAAAUGGACACAGGCGAGGCGCUGAAGUCCUGGUUGACGGAAGAGAACAAGCCGUUCGCGGCACGUGUUGAGUUCGCCCUCAAGGUAUGGCAAUCCGUGGAGUUCCCCUAUCCCAACAAGUACGAGGUCGUCGCCGACUGGCUGUCGCAGUCAUUGGGUGGCUGCAAAGACUUGCCCACCCAGCAGCUGAAGGAUUUCCUGAGCCUGAGGGCGCAGCCUGGCUGGGUUACUCAGACGACGAAGUCGCAGCUGAUCCACGCUCUGUACGAGAUGGUCUCCCGUGAGGAGAACGCAAAUGAGUCGGCACUGGAGCUCCUGCCCCUGGCUCUCAGCUCUGAGCUGCUCCAGGAUGCUCUGCGGUCCAGCAACAAGCUUCUAUUCGAGUGCUAUGGCAGCCUGUUUAGGUGCCAUCAAAAGUGCAUCGAACUACGCGGGGAUAACAAGGAUGGGAGUGAGAGCCAGGACCACUGGGAUGCGGAGUUUGUAGUUCCGGUGAUCAAGCAGCUGGCGGAGAUUGUUCGCCGCUCUCAGCAGCCUGAGAAGCUUUUGGAAGAGUACGAUGCGCAGACUGUUCGUCCUCUUGUGGAGCUGCUUCUGACCCUGAAAACUCCAUGCCUCGACGAACUGGCCGCGCUGGAGAAGCAAAUCAAUGCUCAGUUUACCAUCGAACGUACCAAGGACCUUCCGCUACAUGUCAGCCUGAUCCUUUUGGAGGCCAGGGUCAUAAACAAUCGCUUCCAAGCAAAAAACCUCAGUUCCACCAUACAGUGUGUAUUCAACACAGAGAAAUUAUCGCAGUCAUCGCUUCAAUUGGCCGCCCAUCUCCUUGUGUCACUUCGUAAAUACGAUGUGUCCCUGGAGUUCAAAAUGCCUAAAAAGAAAUAUGAAGGGAUCACCGGCUUUGCGUUUGUUUCUGAUCAGCUGCUGCAGUUGGUGCGCCAGUACAAGAAGUCAAAUCUGGGAGAGGUUUUAAUACUUCUCUGCUCUGCGCUGCGUUAUAAUCCGCUGCUGCUGGAGCAGAAUGUUUACCAGAUAACCGUUUGGGUGCUCACGUCCCCCAAGGAGAAUGCCCAGGUGGAGGAGCUGUAUUCGGAGUACCUCAUCCUACUGCUGGACAUGUUUCGUCGCCUGAGUCGUGCAGAGCGGUUCAUCAUGAAUCUGCUCAAGGCCCUCAGAGAAUGGCUGGGAAAGUACACUCUGGACGUUCCCCAUAGCGAAGCCAAAAAGCGACGCACCCAGGACUCCAAAACGAUUGAAGACGAAAGCCAUCAGUUGGAGGAUCGCUUUUUGGGCAUCAUUUUCAGUAGGACCCCUUUAGCUGCGGCUCCUUCGGCCAACGACGCUUUCAAGCAGCUCUGCCAAACCUGGCCAAGUCACUCGGCCGGCGUGGCCUUCACUCGCCUAAUGAGCCACCUGAUGAGCAAGCCCUCUCUGGUGAUUUGGAAGACCCUGUUGCAUUCCUUCGCCGAACUGCUUGACGAGGAUCAGCCGAAGGAAGUGCUGCCCGAGAACCUGGACUUCGCACGUGAACUGCAUGCUGCGCUCCUUUGCCAGUACCUAAGCGGCACUCGGCUGGCUGAGCAAGUGCAGCUCUAUCAGCUGCAAGUGGAGCAACAACUGCAGCACACUUCCCAGGUGCUGGAGCAGUUUGGACGGCUGCUACUGAGCCAGGAGCACAAUCGCCGGCUGAUGAACGCCUUUCUGGAGUGCACAGAGCGAGCCAGUGGCUUCGAGCUGCUCCUGGCCUACUACUGGCCAGAUGGUUUCCCCGCCAGCGAACGGCCACUGCAGCUGAGGGGGUUCCUGCCCACCGCCGAGUGGACAUUGAUCCAGCAACGGGUGUACAACUUCGGCAAGAGCUGCUGCCGGCAGAGAUUGCAGCGCUUGGAGCUGCAGCUUGUGGAGAGCGGUUGGCUGCUGAAGGAUCAGCGGACGGCCAAUUGCUCAGAUGCCCUGGCUGAGUUGGUGGCGCCGCAGCAACUCUUUCGGCUGUCCAGAGCGCAGAAGCAGCUCCGUUUGCAUCAAAGGAAACACAAUCAACACCUGGAACCGCAUCUAAACGAUGCGGAGAGCAUUGAGGUGCUAGCACUGCAGCUGCUUAAGGAGUAUGGCGCAGCGGCCAAAGAUGCCAAGGCCAAGGGAUCCCUGCUGGUCAAACUGAAACUGGAGGAGCAGGUGGAGGAGAGCUCGCUGAUACUCUUCCUGAGGGAACACGCAUCGACUGAAACCGACUUGCACAUGCCCGCGGCCCAGGAGCUGGUCGAGACUCUGCAGGGCCUUCCAUUGGCUCAGCUGCCCGGCAACAUUCGAUCGCGUCUUUGGCUGGUGAUCUUCGUUCUGUACAGGGAUCUCAGUCUUGGCCAGCAGGAGGAGAGUGCCAAGCAGAUACUGGAGCUACUAAUAGAUCUUAUGCACUUUGGUCAUCCGCUGCCCAUAUGCAGCUACUUCCCGCGGCUAAGCGAACUGCUCCUCCUAAUCCCAAGCAGCUCGACGGCGGGCUGGAGCUUCUACGAAACACUUUUUGCCCGCUGCAUUCGCCGCCAGGGUGCUGGUAGUGAGGCAUUUCUGGCAAGUUGCACGGGCUUCUUUAGAGAUCAACUGGCUGCGUCAAACAAGUUGCCAGCGGAGGAGCGUCGUCUUCUGCUGCUGGCCAUCGAAACACUUAGCAGUGUAACUGGAGCGCAGGGCAGGCGAUUGCAGAGCCAACUGCAGCCGCUUAUUGAGAUCUAUGGCGAGAUGGUGACGCACAAGUUUCGCUCCAAGAAAAAGGAGGCAUCUGCCUACAAGGAGUUCGUGGACUGCACUCUGUCGGGUUAUGCCACUUACGUGAGCAACUGCAUCAACCGCGUGGCCAGGCAGGAGCGGGAGAAAGAACAGCAGGAGAAGAAGGCCGGCGAGCAAGAGGGUCUGGAGAAAACGAAGGCCGAGAAGAAAAUGGACAAGAAGAAGAAAGCGAAGCUUCAGGAGGAGGAGGAAAACGGAACGCGGAAGGAGCUGCAACCCAUAGACGAAAACUUCCGACGCAUCUGUAAGAUAUACAUUGGUCACUCGUUGAACUAUCGGGAUGCCAAUGCCAUACGCUUGCUGAAUGUGGCGCUCACCCAUCGCCAGCGCUUGCAUUUGGAUCCGGAUGAGAUUGAGUUCGUGCUGAGCAGCUAUUGGCGGCAGUUGAAUGCGGACAUUGAGAUGGGCGACAUUUUCUCCACCUCAGCACUGGAUUGCCUGGAGCCGGCCAUCAAGCUGAUCAUUGGCUACAAGACUAACGAGGACUUCCUACUGCUCCUGCGCCGUCUUUCCGCACAAGUGGAGCAAAUGGCACGCCCUGCGUCGCAGAGCCAGCAUGCCGCGCUCCAGAAUGUGCUAACCCUUUUGGCACUCUUUGCCAAGUGCUCGUUGAGCAGCGUGAAGGGAGCGAUGCUUAAUGAGCAUUUCGAGAUGAUCAGUGUGAGUGUUUCGCUGCGCCUCCCGGAACCCAAAGACGCGGCAUACUGCGGUCAUGCCCUCCGACUCCUGGAAGCUCAGCGUAACCUGGCCGGGAAUCGUACAGUGCCUCUCACAGGGGAGACCCUGGACUGCCUUCUGGGCAGCAUGUUGGAUGUGGACAUCAAGCACUUGAUCAGAAACGGCGGCAGUUGGCAGCACUUUGUGGAUCUGUAUGCUGCACUCACGGACAACCUGGUUGUGCUGCUGAAACAACACACCAACCUGAUGUCAGACCGAGCGGCGCAGCUCAGUGCCCUGUGCCAGGAUCUGAUCCAAGCCAUCGUUGGCUAUCGGUCGGAAAGAAAGCAGACACAGGACAUCAGUGAAACGGAGCUGGAUGGCUUGGCCGACUUGGGUCUGAAGCUGGCCACUGUGAUGGCCACAGUGAGCACCACGCAGGCGCUGGCCGUGAAGAGAGUGGCGCCCUUCCUGCUGAUCUUCACCAUUCGCCAAAUGGUGGCCACCGAAAGGCCCACGACGCUGUUCGAAAAGAUCAAGGUCCACAUAGUGCGCGUCUGCCACGAGCUGAUCGGGAUGUGCGAUCACCGUGCCGGCCACUUCAUCCUACGCUCCAGCAACGAGGCCGGCGCCAGGAUGUACGAGGGAUUGGUGAAGGAUCACGAGAAGUACCACAAGUUCAGGGGCAAGGUGUAGGGACAAGGAGCGGAGACGGAGAUGGAGAUGGAGAAUACACCUGUUAUAUGUUCUCUUUUAUAUUUAUGUUAGAUUCCAACGCUUCCAUAAAAUAUAAAAAUGAGUGCCCUAUGUGCCUUGAGUCGUGCUGAA